GUUUUGUCUUAUGUUGUUGAACAAGUGUUGUUGAACAAGUGUAAAAGAUAAUGACGAAAAUAAUUGUUUUGCUGGCCGUGAGCUCAAUUUUCACAUUGGGAAAAGUUAAUGGAUCUGAUCUAUUUGACGCUGUCGCGAAUGACUUGAUAGGCAAGGAAACGCAAAGAAAGAGUGCAAAAUCCAAACAAGAUCCAAAUGCAGUCUAUAAAUCGAAUCCCGAAGCAUAUGCCAAAUUGUUCAAACAAUUCUUGGACGAUUUUACAAGAAACCCAAUGGUUUCGGUAACAUUCACCAAACUCGAUUCCUUUUCAUGGGAAGGUCAUUAUAACACCAAAAUACAUAUGACUGAAUCAUCGCGUGAAUUAACUUCACUAAAGGGAACACUAUUCCAGCAGAAACAUAAAGCUGUCAUUGAUGAAAAAAAUAAAUUUAUCUUGCAAAAAGCCUACAUUCAGUUAUCGAAAUGGAGUUCAAACAUGCUAAAAGAAUCACCACGAAAAUCGGAAUUGAAUAUGAAUACAGUUCAAGAACUCUACACUGAAGCUCUCUUGGCGCUCCAAGAUACAAGUGCAACCGAAUUCAAGGAAUAUGAAUUGUUCUUUGUGUAUUUUUAUCAAUUGGUAAAACGUUUGAAGGGCUCGGAAAUGCUACACCAAAAUCAAUUCAUCAAGGAUACAUGCUGGGAUCUAAAGGCCAGACAUAUUAGAGAUCUUAAGCCAGAAGACGACAUCGCGAAAUACGUCGAUACCAAACUUGAAUUAAUCACAAAGAAAAUGAAAAGAUUCGGAGAAGUGUCGACAGAAUUUAUAAAUUUGUAUUUUAAAAUUUUGGAAAAUGCGCCUGUGGUAUUCAAUAUGAACGCGGUUAAAAAACAAUUCAAAGCCUACAAAUCAAAAUACGGAAGCAGUAAAAGCAAAGACACAGAUUACCGUACGGUUGACAUUGGAAAUGAUUUGUUUGAGCAAGUUUUUCAAUUUGGACCAACAAAAAAUAAACAAGAGAAAUACCCAUAAGUUCAAUCAUUUACAAAAGUGAAUAUAAUUUGUACAAUUUUAACAUUUUGUGAUUCUUAUUGUCACCAAAAAAUCGAAUUAAGCCAUGGGCAGUAGUUAUAAUUCCUUUUGUUCUCUACACGUGUAAAAGACUGUUUUAAAUGAAACAUGCUUCAAGAUCGAAUAGAAUUGAUAUUUUGUUUACGACAAAUAUGAUCACACGUGUGCAAGUGUGGUGUUGAAUUGAUAAUUUAAUUUGAAUAAACAGUUUUUCUCACUUUUCAUUUGUUGACAUUCUAAA